AUGGAGGAUUGGCGCAUCGUGGUGAGGCAGAAUGGCCGCCCCAAUACCAUGACAAUACAAACCUCGCCGAACCCAACAGGCACGGCUGGGGGAGGAGGAGAGGGAGCACCUAUUGGAGCCUCGACCACAAGCAGCCAGGUAGCGUCCGUACCGUCGCCAACGACCAACUACGUCACGUUCAACAACAACAGCAUAUUUACCUCGGACAACACGUUUGGCGGUUCCGACCGUGUUUUCGUCGCAGAUUAUCUGAAUAACAACAAUCUCGUAAACUUCGCCUAUGCUUGGGAGGAUACCAGUUUCGAGCCCCUCAACGUAUCAUUAAUAGUGGUGGACCAAGCCAACAGGGAUGCCGACCGCGCAACCGUCAGCACAUCGGGCAGUUCAUCGCUGUCUUUCGGCAGUGGGGCUAUCAAGUUCAAUUACACCAAGUUCACUCAAGGCGCCGAAGAGGGCCAAAGCGUGCAGUCCAGCGUGGAUAACGCGGUCCUCUCCUUGGACAUGUAUUGGGAGUCCAAAAGCAAAUCCAUCAUUGGACAUUCCUACUCGCCGUAUUUUGGUAUCCUUCCAAAUGUACAAAGCGCAUCAGCCUCCAGCCUUCAGCUAAGGAUUACCUCUUACGGGCCUAACGGAGGCGGUCGGGACGCCAACGUUACUACGGUUGACAACCCAUCGAGUAGCACCAGCAACACGGCCAGUGACGGCCACAACAGCAACCCCUCGAGCAGCAGCGGCGGCAGCAGCCUAAGUACAGGAGCCAUUGUGGGUAUCGCCAUUGGCGGUGCGGCUGGUCUGGCUAUAAUCGCCCUCGUCGCAUGGUUCUUGCUCCGACGCCGCAAGAGCAAGUCUCAAAUCGCGGACACGCAUGGCGCCUCCAACGCCUACAUCGCGGACAAGGACUCCACCGCCCAGUCACCGCAGUCCCCCUACGCCGACGACGUCAUCCACAACCCUCGUGCCGACAGCUCAUCCCUCCACAACACCGCCGCCGACAAUGUCCCUGGCCCUCGGGACGGCAGCGGCACGGCGACGCCUUCAGGACUCUCGCGCAACGUUGCUCACCUGGUCGAGGAGGGUAUGACGGCAGACGACAUCGCACGGCUAGAAGAGGAAGAGAGGCAACUCGACGACGAAAUUGAGCGUGCGGCCAGCCAAGCAGCACGGCGGUAG